AUGACUACUACUGAACACCUUGAGACGCAGCAGGCGGAGGACCAUGCUGAAGCCGCUGCUAACCAAAUCGCCUACGAAAAGACCCUCAGCUUCGCUCAAAGCGUUCGAGUUUUCUGGCGAAGUACUCUCUGGAUCUUAUACGUCCAGAUCGUUGUUUUUGGCUACGGUAUAGAUGGUAUCAUUGCGGGUAAUUUGCUCGCGAUCCCCAAGUUUCGAGAGGACUAUGGCACUACACUUGCACAAGGCGACACGACGAUCUACAUAAUUCCUGCUACGUGGCAGAGCCUUUACGGCGGCGUGUCUCAACUGGCGGCUGUUCUUGGAGCCGCCAUUACAGGAUGGCUGGCUGACAAGAUUGGCCGGCGAUACACCAACAUGCUCUUCUGUGCCAUUUCUAUCGUUGGAGUCGGUCUUCAAUACCACUCGACCCGCGAUGGCUCUCUUCCCAUUUUGACAGUUGGAAAAGCCAUCAAUGGUCUGUCCAUCGGUGCAUGGCUUAUCAUUGGGCCCCUGUACGCUUCUGAGGUUGCACCACUCAAGCUUCGAGGUUGGCUCACAGCCACGACCAACUUCAUCCAGUUAUAA